CGUCCGCCGAGAUACAGCUUGGUGUUCUCGCUCGGUAUUACUCGGCUCGGUAUUUUCGUUUUGCGUCUCGACGUCGCGCGGACGCGGGCAUCGUUCGCGGGUCGGUCGCCACGCUCGCACGCGAGUGUCCCUUUGGAUAGAGUCGCCUCCGUCCCAGUCAGUCCCGCGAGAAACGCAGCGCGGCGCGCGAUAUCCGUCCGUUUUCAUGGUCCAUAUCGACGCUUGACACUUGGGUGAGAGCACAACGCUGGAGAGCGCGCGGUGACCAUCCAUCCGUACCACCCCGAGGAGGCGAUACGCGUCGUGUACGGCGCGCAAUCUCAAUUUCGACCGAGGUCCGAACGACGCUGGUGAGAAGAAGAAGAGGAGAAGGAAGAAGAAGAAGAGGGGUCUCUCGCGGCUAAGUUCACGCGACACUUGGGGCGAAUCAGUUCGAGACGCGCAACAGAACGGCGUUCACGAUCGCCGAAGUGAUGUAUGCUCGGUGGUGGAAAUUGUGAGGAGGACAGUGUGUGCUGUUUUCACGUUCGCAAGGAGCCCGUGAUAAUAGCGAGUGUAACGACUACGUGAUCGCGCGCGCGUGCUAACUCACGUUUGAUCUGUCCGUCGUUGUUGACGGUGCUCGGCUCGCUAAGUCGCGGAAUGUAAAUAAACGCGCGCCCCCGUCGUGUCUCUCGCCGCGCUCGGACUGUUGUCGGAUUGUCGGGACAAUGUAAUCGGGUUAGUACGCAGCAGUGUGAUUCCAAGUGCUCUCAAGAAUCGAUCAAGAAAAGGACACUCUGCGUUCACGUCUCACGGCCCGCGAGCGAUACCCAGCAUCCCCGGCGUCCUACGGUUCAAAGAUAUCGGGAAAACUUCGCAUCUCGAGCUGUAAGAGGAACGGCAACGUAUUUGAUCUGUUUGGUGCUCAGUUCUCGUACGCGGACCGAUUCAUCGUUCGGCGCUCCUAUCGCCAAAGAUGCUAGAUCUUCGAAUCAGUUAUCGCGGAGAAGCCUACUCGAGACUUUAGAGGACUCGACAGAAAUCGGGACAAAAUGUCGAUGACUGGGAGCUUAAUGGGAUACGAGAACAACAACGAUGUGAACCAGGCCAAGUGUAAGAAACCGUUGAAGCCGCUGCCGGUCGUGUCGAGCAUCAACUCGAGCGGCGUAACCACCACGAGCAAGUUGAAGAAAGCGCGAAAAUCGACGAGAAAAGAGUCGUGUAUAAGCGGUCAUGUGAACAGCCUCUGGUCCGUCUGGUACGGCAUUCUAGCUGUCGCUUUUCAAGCGUACAUAGCAAUGAGAUACGCCAGACGAUUCGCCGCUUAUCUGUCACUACCGUGGCCGGCGGACGCACCACCUCCCAAAAUCGAACUCUACGCCUGCCUGGUGCUGGCCGGCACCGGGGUCGUUUUACUUCCGGUGCUGCUUGGCGCGGCGUUCUUGAAGCUCGGCAAUCUCGCGAACGACGGAAUAAAACUGGGCCGACAUUUGAGCGCCUGUUCGCGCGACCCUCCGUCUUCGCUUCUCGCUAACAACGCCGAUAACAGUCUGGCGAAUAAUUUAUGGAGACACGGCGGCCCUACGGCGGCCUUCGUGCACCUCUGCACGGCCAUGUGCUUCCUCUUACCCUCUCUGCUCAUGGAGGCGAGGCUAAUACACGCUGGAUUCCUGCCAAAAGAUGCGAUAUGGAGGACCGAUCUAGACUGGGUGGUGAUUCAUCGCGACCGGCUGGUGUUGCUGAGCUUCAUGAACCCGAUCGGCAACCUAAGCACCUUGACCGGCACGAUAACUCCGCAGCCCUUCGUAACCUUAACCCCAGACGAGGCCGGCCUUAACGAGGACCUCGACGAGCUCGCCACCCCGACGUCUGGUUUAACGAACAUCGCGCUUCCCGACGCGAUCGAGACUCACGCCGGCGAGACGACCACGGCGUUCUCGAUGGUUGUCCAACCGAUCGCUACCAACCCGACUGUGUCUCGUGCAACAUCGAGCCCCGUGACCAUCGCCGGAAGCAAGGCAGCCACGACGAGCACGACGAGCACCGAGGCGACUUCGACAGUCCAAUCGAAGACAACGGUGUUGCCGAAGGCGACCAGCACCGCGAGGCGACCGACCAUGAGAACCAUCGCCAGGAACAGCAGUUCGAAGGGCAGGUCAAAGGCGAAGAAUUCCACGAGGAUAUCCACCACGGCGAAGCCCGCCAGAGCGGCCGGCGGGAACAUGACGGCGCAGAAUAUGCCGCUGACGAUGAACAGUCUGGCGGAUCUCGAUCAUCCCGAGAAUCUGAAUCUGGAACUGCAAACAGCCGAAUCAUACGGUCCGAUUACUCUGGAAUAUCUGAAUUACGCCGUCGCGCUCGGCGUAUACUCGGUAAGAUAUCCCGCCGUCUUCUGGUCGUGCAACAAAGCAUUGGGCACAAUCUUCAGUCUGCAGUUGGUCGUAAAUUCAGCGCAGAGUCUGCUGGCUUACGCCGGAAUGUCCGUCCUUUACAAGGUGCAAGUUGUGGGACCCUUGAAAGUUCUGCCACUCCUUCGGCACCGCACGGUAGCGACCACUAGUACGAUUUCAACGAUAUUCGGCGACUCCUACUUCCUGCUGAAUCCCCACGUAACUCUCGUGCUCUUCGCCCUCUCGUCCCUCCUUGUGCUCUGCUCCAGCAUGGUCAUGUACUUCUAUGCCCACGGCAGGUUCACGGCGUUCCUGAAUCAAGAGCGCGAACGUCGCGUGAUCCUGCCGAAGGACGGCCGCGAGGGCAACGGCUGGGUCUACUUCACGCACUGCACCGCGUUGUGCGUGUUCCUGGCGAUCGCGAUCUGCAGCGCGCCGUUGCUCUACGACUACACCGUGGUGUACCGCGGCAGCCUGGACGGCGCCAUCCUCGCCUGCAUCAUCGGCACGAUCCUCCACCUCUUCCUCUGGCUGCUGCUCUGGAUAUUCCUCACCGUCAAGCAACGCUGGACGUUCAAGCUGCGCGUCACCAUCGGACGCGCCACCGUCAGGUCCGCCAGGUCGGUGAAGCUCGUCACCGACGUCGACCUGCUGUCGGCUAGGGACGAGGAAGACGGCACCAGUGCGCCUCUCCUCGUCGUCGGUAAUGGCAGGACGUACACCAUCGCCGAUACCUCGCCGAAGAAGGCCAUCAUGAGCGUCAUACAGAAAGCUGCGAUGGAGAGGAAAGCGCGAUCACAAGGCGGAAACGUCGAUGGAGUCGACGGGGAAUCGACGGCCGACGGUGACGAGCAGAUCUACUGGCUCAGGCCAAAAUUGCGCCCCUCGCCCGCGCAAUCCCCGAGCGACACCGGCGGCGCGCCGACGUCCGACAAGGGUUGGCUGAACAAGAAGCUGAAGCCUAAGGUCACCUUUAACGACCUGCCUAGUACGUCAGGCUCGCGUAAUAAGGGAAAAGCCAGACGAGGCGUCACUGACGGCGGGCCUGAUGAUGACGGAGAUUACGCCACGUUACGCGAAUUACCGCUAAUCACCUCGAUGGACCCAGCCGACGACUCCACCUCCGAAGAGAACAAGUUGCUCGAGUGCGUGAACGACGAUCAAGUGACUUACUACGCGAGUGCGAAUCGCGACCUACAACCGUCGGAGGGUGAUCCUUCGCCCCUUCUCACCCCCGACCCUCUACCCGAUCCCGCGGCAGAACCGCUUCCGCUACCACCUCCGACUCCAACCUCCGCACCAACCACCGAAAUUGUCACGGCGCCACUAACUACAAACGCUCAGAUGAACGGUGGUCAGACGCCGCGUUGCCUGCGCCGUGCGGACUCCGGGAUGCCGCACGACGAGCUGACACCGCGCUCGGACUCGUCGAACUCACCACCCCUUGACGCGGUGGGCGGCGGCGCCGGCUCAGUGACCGGCCACAGCAACACCAGCAGCAACAGCGAGACGUCCAGCGGCGUGCACAGUAACGCGAGUAACGCCAGCAACGCCAGCCACAGCAGCUCCCAACGUCGGGCGACCAGCGUGGACGACCUGACCGGGGAACCGCGCGAAGAACCGCGCGAGCAGUGGCGCAGCUGCUCGCUCCAGCGAGGAACGCAGCCGCCCACGGCGAACAGCACAUUUUCACCUCCCAACAGCCGCCCCGGCACCAGCCAGUCCUUCUCCUCGCCGCAGUACGUGAACCAUGUGCCGCCGUUCAGCAAUGCCGUCAGCAACGACAUCGGCGUCGGCUGUCCAGCAGUCAUCUUGGAGAACCCGAACGAGGCGACGGUCGUGAUCCGCCGCAAACUCUCGAGAACGAAGCUCACGGAUCCGUUGAACCCGAACGAGGAACCGUUCGGCCGAUCCACCAACAUGCGGAUGACCUCCUUCACGGAGAGCAACGACAUCCGCAUACAGGCUUCCUCGGCGACCCUGCCGCACUACCCCACGCAGCCGAUCGUCACGUAUCCGCACUGUUCCACGAUGCCGUUGCCCCAUGCGUCUCACAGCGUGGCAGGCGUGAACAUGAGCGGCGGCUCCACCGGCAGCUGCGGCUCCGUGCCGCGACACACGUUCGUGCCGCCGCAAGUACACGCCACCGUGCCAGCUCACACGACGCUACCGUCGCAUCACAACGGCGUCAGGCUACUUCACGGCAGUGGUGGCGGAGGUGGCGGAGGUGGCGGAGGCAGCGGCGGCAGCGUUGGCGGCGGCGGCGGUAGCGUUUGUGGUCCCAGCAAUCCGUUCGUCAAGAGGUUCCCGCCGGUGCAGCUGCACACCCAACCGUGGGCGCUACCAGGCCACCACACCUUCCCGCAGCUGCCGCAAGGCAACAACAAGCUCUCCGCCACCGCGCAGAUCAGACAGAGCGAUCGGGACUCGGCGAACUUCUCCAUGGCCAGCAGCGGCGAUUCCGACACGUGUUUGCCGCAUUAAAGCGGGCGCGCGAGCACCAUGAGAACCACUGCUGGCUUUAGGCGUUAUUAUUAGGGGAUAUGCGCGCGUGCGAGUCACGCCGGCCAACUCCGGACUUGUCGGGCGUCUGAGUGUGUUUUAGGUGAUACUCGGUAUUUUCGUAAUUGACAUUUCGCCGGUGAACGGAGGGGAUCGCGGUCACCCAGCAGCGUUUCUCCUCCGGAGGUUUCUUCUUCGAGGGCGGCUGAGAUUGAUCGAUCGAGACGCGACGGUCGGAGAAGAGGUUUGCGCGAACUCGAGACGAACUGUGUGCAUGAGUACUCCGCUUCGGAAUCGAUAAUAGAUCUUUAGGCGUCGCGCAAUAUUGUAAUCGUGCAUAACGUGCCGCGUUUACCAGGUAUGAGUCAUAUGAGGGAUCAUAUGAUGAGCACACUGUGUCUUACACACGCGUCGAAAUUUAAAGGAGGAGAAGUCAGGUUCGAGGCAAUACAACAUAUCACACACAUUUGCCGUUUAUUCGCGUAUAAAUAUGGCAUUCCUUGAUAUCGCUACCUCUAUUUUUUAUAAUCUUGUCCAACACGACACGUCGGUCGGAUCUUACCUGAUUAUUUAGAUAGAUGUGCGUGUCCAAUGUGGUAUUAACGUAGAGUCUAUCGCAUAUGAAUCGCGUACGAACAUGAAAAUUCCAUUCGUUUGAAUAAACGGCAAACGUGGACAAUGUAGAGACACGUGAGGAAGACGAGGAGAGCGCGAACGACCAUCACGCCACGAAUAGCUUACGGAGGCAAUUGAUAAUUACAUUAAAAGCACCAAUUCCGUUAUACAUAUCCUAUAUGUUGUGAUCCCCCUUUAAAUCUCUAAUCUCUCGCAGCAAUAAAACGAAAUAUUCGAAGCUAAUAGUGAUAAAUGGUAAAACAACAGUUGCUCAGUCUCGAGGAGUCCUCAUCCUGGUUAAGGCGCGUGAAAUCAAGUCACGAUUAAUUAAUAAGUAUAAGUAAUAAACUCUCUGCUCGAGUUUGCGCAAACGUCUCUCGGUGCGCGUCGAUGCGUGCUUAUAGUUAAAAUCAUUUCCAUUCUAUUAUCUCGACGUACGAGGGAGAUAAACGCUUCGCGUGUUUCGAAAAUGCCGAGAACUAUCAUCGGCAGGCGAGAGUGAGAAUAACGUAGUUAUCCCAUUUUAGGUAUGGAAAGAAAAAGUUAUCGUGUUGUCCUAAAUAAAAUUCGUGUAUAGAGUGAAAUAAGGAUAGUCGGUUAAGGAAAUGUGGAAAAACUCGAGUCGCUACUUCGUAAGCGUACGCUUCUAUAUUUAAGAUCUUUUUUCUACCGAUAACUACUGUGUAAAUUUUGUUAAAACAUAUUUGUGUAUAUUGCUGAUUGUUUGUUUAUACCGCGACUCGGGCGAGUCGCUUUUUUAACUGCGAUAAGGUGAACAGCGAACAAGAGUUCUCACGUUUGAACGCCCGUUCAAAACUGUGCGCGUUCAAACUUUUUUUGUCUUUCAUUCGCUCUUUACUAUCUCUUUCUUUUCCCUUUCCUCUCUACAUAUAUAUAUACUUGUAUAGAUCUGUCACAUCGAGUUUGUCAUCGAGAUAAGUGUUUAUUUGUCCGCGAAUCUCUCUUAUAUGAGUUGUACGUUUAUAAAUGUUAUGAUGCGCAAGCGAUUUUUGUAUGAAUUAUACCGUACCGUAGGAGAACGCGCAGUGCCGAUUGCAGUCGUACGAUCUACGGCCUUGACGAGAUUUUUACGGCACACGUUAGAACUUUACCGUCACGUUGAAUCUUUCUGUGGCCUGAUAACGAGAUACCACAGUCCUUGUGGUAGUCGUGUCGUAAAACUUGCAAUGUUAACAGUGCCAUCGCGGAGUUAGUAAGCACACAAUCAGCAUAGAGAUAGGAACGGUACUUUGUUCCAUAAUAAUAAGCAGGCUGCUCAUAUCGUUGAUGCUAUGAGUAACAGCCGAAGACACUCUAUCGCGACGAUAACGUGUGCUAUUUAUUUACCUGUGAGAGUACCCAGCAUUUCUCUAUCAUGUAGUCUGAUAUUCUUCGUUACGAUCGUUGCGCGAAAUACGCGACCUUCUACUCUGAUUCCUUCUCUUCUCAUUAUCGACGAUCUCUCUUUGUUGGUACGUCAUUUAAGUCGAACGAAUAUUUAUUUUUACGCUCGCAAAUUGCACACAAAAGAAUCAUUAGCGCAUUUAUCGUAAGGAAAGAAGGAAGCGCGCGCGCGCGCGCGCGGUCUAUCGCGCGAGAAACGGAAGUUUAAAGGAACGAUUACUGCCACUAAUCGUGAAGAUCAACAGAUCUCCAUUGUAUUUACUUGUUUCGUCGACUGCCAUGUUAUUUCGUCCUUUUGUGGAGUAUAAAUAAUCACCGUGCUCGUUUUUACUCGUACCUAGCGCAUUUACUUGCGCGUUCGCUGACUGGUACGUGCGCGACAAGCACCGUUCGCUCUAUGUAUAAGUUGCGUUCUUUCGCGACUAUAUAUCACUUCAUGAGACGCGUGAUGACGCAGAGACUGGUCUCUCGCGAAGAUGCAUCACAUCUCCCCCUCGAGCCUCUCUCGCAAUCUAAUGCGGCAGACAGUGUCAGGCGACAUGGCGCGACCCAACGUUUGCACCUCGCGUCACACUAUGGGCGCGAUACGUUAGACGCCGCAAGCACUUUCAAACGCUUAAAGAGAAGCCACGAUUGGUCCAUGCGGCGCUUCAAAGUAUCUGCAGCGUCUGAUGGAUCACACCCUCCAUCGCACUCGUUUACAAUUCUCCAAGAGGAUCACUUUUGCGGAGAGAGGGACACUCGAAAAGUCAAUAUUACAAAUCGAAUCGUCCGCCCAGGUAUAAUCCGCCAUUUUUCCUAAAAAAAAAAUGCAUUCCACGAAUGGCAAUGCAUGCCGAUGAUUUGUAAUAAUUCGCGAUAUAAUCGAAUUUGUUUCCGCGACGAGACGAAUUCGUUCAUACGUGAGUCGAUACGACACUUCGUUAGAUUGCGACGGGCGAAAGAGGAAAGUGCAGAACUCUGAUGUAGUAAGUUGGAUUCGGGCAGGCGGGUAAAGUUGCGUUGUAAGCGAGAGAUCGAUUGCGAAACCAUUCGACGAGUAAGGCGCAAUGAUGAAAAGUAUUAUCAGACGAGUGCGGUCUGGUUUGCAAGUCUAUCCGAAUGAUACGAGAUGAGAUUCAUGUCAAUUUACAGAAUCUUUUCGAAACGAUCUAAACUUAGAAUUAAUUCUCCUUCGCGCGAUUAUCAAACCGUCAGUAAUCUCAUGACUGUAAGCGAUCACUGUAAGUGUUAUCAUUGUUCCACGUCACGUUACGAUACAUUAUGAAUUCUGUAUAAAAUUUGCUCACUGUUUCUGGUUGGUUCGAAUGAGCUAUUACAUAUUAAUUUAACAUAAAUGCAGAGAUACUUUCUCAUAAACAGCGAAAACGCAACGUGCGCAACGAUGAGCGCAAUGAUGAGCAUGAAAUAGUAUUAUUACGGUUGUACGCUGAUUGAUUGGCACAUCACGUGCUCACGAUUAAAAAGACUUUGCGCAUUCCGUGAAGGUGACUUACCGAUAACCAAGAGAAAGUAUGAGUCCCCUCGCGACAAUGUGUGUGUUCUCUCGGGACUCACACUUCUCUCGGACAACGUUGAGACAAUGCAAUUCUCGAGAAACGAAACGGGUCUUUAUUUUCCGGUAUCUUCCAGUUGUACUAAUAAUAGCGAUACGAAAUGUUCUCAGCCUUGUUCUUAAAAUGUUUUCCGUCAACGCGCGAGUUGUUGCGCGAGCAAAGAUAUUAACAAUUCGCCGAGUCUCGAGAGAUUUAUCCUGAAGGAAAGAGAAACGAGAGUAUAGAGCGCGCUUUCCAUUUACUUAAGAUACUACACGAGAAAAUGUGAUGCGUAAUCCGAGUGCAAAUCUAGUGGGUUGUAACGGCUGAUCUUGGUCUACUGUAUCAAGCAUACUUCGUCUUACUGUAGUUGUAUUAGAGCGGUAUUUAGACACUCGCACGAGCUUGUAUCGGCCGUCUACGAGAUGUCGGGAUACUCGCGGCGCGUCUGACUCCUGGGUUCCGAUUCCGUUGUGACGCAGACGAUACAAAAUAGCGCGUCGUCUUAUACCGAGACACGAGAAAGCACCUGUCGACCAGGCACAAAGAGAUCGACCAAUCGAUCACGAGCGGCAAGUCGGACACUUUUCUACGACUUAGCGAGCGCUUUGUCAUUGCCGAUCGUACAUAUCAUCUCGCAAGGACCAUGCAUCUCGCGAUGACAUUUUUGAGAAUACUCAAGCAAUAGCACGAAGCAUCGAUAUCAAGGGCUGGACCAGACUUCUUAACGAUCAAUGAGCUCUGAUAAUACCCGACGCAGUACGAAGAUAUUUUUUAACGGCUAUUUUCGAUACGCUAGCAGACGUGAUAAAAGGAGGACGGAGAUAAUUUUUUUAGGAAGAGAGAGUUUGAAGUCUAAAUUUGGGGGAGGGAAGCUCAUUCGGUCUCCUGAUCGUAGUCCCGCGUAUAGUCCACUGUGUGAACGCUCUCUACCCUUGAUUCUGUUUCGAAGUAGAUACUUAACUCGCUAGGAUCACGUAUUAUCCUCUUAAUGCAAGUGCUUCGGCAUAACACUCUCUUCCACAAAUCCGCGAGCGUUAUCGAGAAAUCUUCACAAAUAUCCUUUGAUCUAUUAGUUUGAUUACUAUUUAUUUGUCGUAAGAAACACGAGUGAAGAAGAAGACCUGAUUUUAUACAGAUCAGAAAGUUCUUUCAUAUAAUUUUUAAAUUCUUUUUCUUUCAAUAUAUGUAGAGAAUUGAUUUCCUACUCCUCUAUAUAAAUCUUACGUUUGCGUUCAAAUACACAAUCUUCUAAGUAGCAUCCUACAAUUUAUCAAAUGUAUAAUGGAGGUUUUUCCGAUAACGUGAGCUCGCGUACACACAAUCGAUGCAUUCUUGAUCGCGCCGUCGCAACCGCCACUGAUACAAUAUUUGCGAGAUGCACACAGCAGCGGUAGUAGCACAAAGAAAAAUCCUAUCUUUUGAUAACUGCACCACGAAUACGGCAGAUAUUGCUGCGGCGUAAUCGCGACGACCAUCAUAGAAAAUAGUUAUCGUCGUCAGUGGGGCACGCGUCCCGAUGUGUUAUCAUUCAAGACACAACACCUCCGCGACUCUAAUAUACGAAAUCAAAUUAAAAAUACGAAACAAAUUCGUCUGCUUUUUCGUAUAACAUAUGCAUGUUUCAUUCGUUUUUGAGAUAAAUAUCAAAUUACUCGUUAUUACUCUGCCCCUUUCCGCCUCUUCUCCAGACAGAGUGUCGAAAAUUCUCACAUUUCACCGUUUUAUUCAUAUCUGUAUGCAAAAACUCCACGCGAGCCGGAAUAUUCGUCAAUGUCGUACGUUCGUGUGUUUCUGAAUGAAUCACGGUGAACACACUUGCCCCACUUUCGACGACUCUGCUUCGUUUACACUUGCGUGCGGUUAAAAUCACAUUAGUAGUCGUCAUCGACGUACGCGAGAAACAAACGCGGCGACGAAUACAAAAGCUGCCUCUCGCAGAAAUAUUUUUUUACCGUCUAGUGUGUCAGCGUACUCUAAUUCGUUUUAGAUCCGGCUAGAGGAACCUAGACGUAGGGUGUGAUCGUAGGCAGUCAAGGGAGGCUCCGCACCGGAGGUGUUUCGAGAGCAAAGAGCAGCAAAAUCUCUAUUGCCGUGACGCGCAGCCCCAAGAAUCGUUCGUACCUUAACCCGUCAGCGAGCACACAUAUACACACAGGCAAUUUUAAUAAUUACAACGUAAGCCACGUCACACUUAAUUAUCAUAGAGAUACAGUUAUGUCGACAUAUAUUCUCGUCUUGCAUCGUGAUACGAAAGAAAUCUCGCGUGAGAAAACAGUGCGAUAAUGAUAGCAUCGGGCACUAAUCAGCAUUCUGAUGAGGGAAUAAUCUUCUUAAGAUCUUCGUGAACGUAAGACAACAUUAACGUGAAAAUUAUGACUUACAUUCUGACAUCAGAUUUCUUAUCGUUGUUGAAACCAAAAAAAUAGACAAAUUAUGAUUAAUAUUAAUAUUACUUAUUAUUAAUAUUAAUAUUAUAGUUAUUAUUAUUAAAUAAUAACUAACAUUAUUCAAUGCCGAGCUUUAUUAGGCAAAAAUCGAAGACAUAAAUCUAGAUAGUAAAAUCGAGAUAAUACAACGCAGGAUACACACAUCUUCAACAAUUAACAUUGAUAAAGUCUCUUUAGACAGGGUUAAGGUCACGAGAUCAACGUCAUGACAUCAAGGUCCGACAGUAAAAUUGGCUGAUCGAAAUUGCACUUUUUUUUUAAUUUUUGUCAUUUUUUAAUCAUUGAUCGCGCGCGGAAGCCCUUUUCCAGGUUCCACCUGAGCGAGAGAGCAUUGCAGAAAGAGCCGGUCAGAGCCCUCCAAAGAAGAGUCGCGUCCCAGGGGCGUAUGUAUAACCGCGAGAGAGUGCUUAAUGUGUCAUUAUCGACAGAGAGAACACUGUAAAUAAUCGAAAAUAAUAUUCAUGUUGAAUGAAGAGAGAGAAAGAGACCAUGAGUGUGAGUAAAUGCGUGCGUGAGUGAGCGCGAGCGAGACGGACACAUAAUACAGCGAAUGUGUACGAAUAAUUGUAUAAAGACUGAUUAGAUUAGCCUUGGUAUUUAUUCGAAUUUAACGAUUAAACGCUAUCGCUUUGCGCGCCCUAAGAUA